UCGGCUUUUACGCGCUGAGUUUCCAGGAUGACAAGCUACAACUUGCUCAUUACUUCAUGCUUUAAAAAAGGUUUAUAUUAGGAUUCAUGUCAGGCCAUUCAGUGGUUUAAAAUAAAGAUACAAAAAAAGAAGGUGCCCAUCCAUUCACGUUAGUGAGUCGAGGAAUCUUUACCACUCUCCUCCAGUCAGAUCAGCCAGCACACUGUGACGUGUUUCCAUGCAAAGGUGCUCAUUAAGAGGGACGUUUGGUUCCUCUGACGCGUGUCCCGGUCCUCUGACGGCACCUGCCCCCUUAUAAACCUCAGUAAGUCACCCGGGAGACCCCACUAACGUUCCAUCGGACUGUUCCUCACGGUGCAAGAAGGGACAAGGAUCUCCACAAACCAUCCAACUGUUAUGCGCAUUGUUUUUCUCAGGUGCCCCAGCACAUAACUUUAGAAAUACUAAAGGUCUUCAUGCCUCCCCGUUCCUAGCGGAGGACCGCUGCGACAAUGACCAUCCAUGUAGAGGGGCUUGUGGCUAUCGCGGUCUUCUAUCUGCUGAUUCUGUUCGUGGGCAUUUGGGCGGCAUGGAAGAACAAACACUCCGGGGAGGCGGAGGGCACCGACCGCAGCGAAACCAUCAUGGUCGGAGGGAGAGACAUUGGAUUAUUUGUCGGUGGAUUCACCAUGACAGCCACCUGGGUUGGAGGAGGCUACAUCAAUGGCACAGCUGAGUAUGUGUAUCUUCCAGAUCAGGGCUUGGUUUGGGCUCAAGCUCCCUUUGGAUAUGCACUCAGUCUUGUUCUGGGUGGUCUAUUUUUUGCCAAGCCCAUGCGCUCACGGGGUUACGUCACCAUGUUGGAUCCUUUUCAGCAGUUGUAUGGGAAACGUAUGGGUGGCCUCCUCUUCAUACCCGCACUCAUGGGAGAGAUUUUCUGGUCUGCUGCCAUCUUAUCGGCCCUUGGUGCUACUCUGAGCGUCAUCGUGGACAUCAACAUUAAGAUGUCAGUGGUCAUUUCUGCGCUUAUUGCAAUCUUUUACACGCUGGUUGGAGGACUUUACUCUGUGGCCUACACUGAUGUCGUGCAGCUGUUUUGUAUCUUUGUUGGCCUGUGGAUCAGCGUCCCCUUUGCUUUGACCAACCCUGCGGUGUCAGACAUCACUGUUACUGCGGUGAAGCAGGUGUACCAGUCGCCCUGGAGAGGCAGCGUCAACAAGAACGACACCUGGGUCUGGAUCGAUAACUUCUGCCUCUUGAUGCUGGGAGGAAUACCCUGGCAAGUGUAUUUCCAGAGAGUCCUGUCAGCCUCCUCCGCUACCUACGCCCAGGUCCUCUCCUUCUUGGCCGCCUUCGGGUGCCUCGUCAUGGCUGUGCCCUCCGUUCUUAUCGGUGCCAUCGGGGCCUCCACAGACUGGAACCAGACAAGCUAUGGUGGUGUUUCUCCAAAAGAGAAGGAACAAGCAGACAUGAUUCUACCCAUCGUACUCCAACACCUUUGUCCUCCAUUCGUCUCUUUCUUCGGCCUGGGUGCAGUUUCUGCAGCUGUCAUGUCAUCUGCAGACUCAUCCAUCCUUUCAGCGAGCUCCAUGUUUGCGAGGAACAUUUACCAGCUCGCCUUUAGACAGUCGGCAUCUGACCGUGAAAUCGUGUGGGUGAUGCGCAUCACUAUCUUUGUGUUCGGUGGUCUUGCCACCUUGAUGGCCCUGGUAUCUGGCACAGUUUACGGCCUCUGGUACCUGAGCUCAGAUCUGGUUUACGUCAUCAUCUUCCCCCAGCUGCUCAGUGUGCUCUUCAUCAAAGGCACCAACACGUAUGGCUCAGUGGCUGCUUACCUGUUCGGUAUGGUGCUGCGUAUAGGUGGAGGUGAACCCUACCUGCAGCUGCCUCCUUUCAUUUAUUACCCCGGUUGGACGACUGAGGAGCGGAUCCACCCCAUGACCGGAGAAAUGGAGGAAGUUGUCAUCCAGAAGUUUCCCUUCAAGACCGUCUCCAUGCUGGCGUCCUUUCUGGGCAACGUGGCUUUCUCGUACCUGGCGAAGUACCUGUUUGAGAGCGGCAAGAUUUCACACAAGUACGACUUUCUCGACGCAGUGGUGUCCAAGCACAGUGGAGAGAUUAUGGAUAAGACGACACUUGUAACUCGUGGCAACAACAUCGGGCUGUCAGAGAUGGCGCCCGUCAAACCGCGGCUGAGCGUGACCUUGGCGGCCGCCUUCACACGCCGUGACACGCUGCCCACCGAAACGGUGGAGGAAGAGGAGGAGUCCAGCCCCGACUCCUCCCACCAUGAUGAGGAAUGACCAAGUCAGGAUGUGAUUGAAAAAAAAUAAUGUCAAAUAAACUGACUGAACUGCCAUAGGACUGCCAGAGAACCAGGAGACUGCAAGCAAACAUCCUCCCUUGGGACUACAAAGUUCAACAUCCCGCUUGACUGGACAACGGCCACAUGUCAGGAUAUAUAGUGUAGCAGCUUGCUGAUUGUCCAGACAUGAAGCUGUCUUUCUGUGAAGUAAAGCAAACACACACACACACACACACACAAAUACAUGCAUUCAUAGUACUCACAGAUAGUUGGUUGUACUGUAUAUUCAGCAUUUUUUAACUGGUUCGGGGAAAUACUUUUAAAAAAAGUGAGUUGACAGACUCUUUGUGUGAUUAAUUUAAUUUUCCAUCACUAAUUAAAUUUUUCAUCUCUAUUAAAAUGCAAACUAGAUCAGCUGAGAUUAAAAUGCUGCUGUGAUACUGAGAGGAAGUGGUGCAAUAUUCAGUGAGAAAUAUGACAAAGAAUGAAGCAGGAGUUUAUAAGAGGUGACUGACAGCACAACCGAGGUUUAGAAAGAGGACAGACUGGACGUACCAAUUAAAUAAAAGCAAUAACACACACACACACUUCACCACCUCUUAUUAUUAGGACAUUUUAUGUGGGAGUGGAAAUAAAAUAGAUAAACAAAGGGAAAUAAUGGAAAACAAUAUAUUUUAUAGCUUUAAUUUCUCACAUCAAACCAGUUUGUUUAUGUUUUGUGCAACCUAAUUCACAGUGGCACUGAAGUAGCUGGAAUUUACAGAUAAUUUUUCAUUUCUCUCAUGUUUAUCAUUGAUUAUUACUGAUAUACAUAUAAUGACUGUGAAUCAAGAAAGAUACAAUUCAUGCAUCAUGCUGAGUAGAAAAUGUACAAGCAGUAGCGAUGGUAGCCGACUUGAAGCAUUAACUAAUAUUCUCUUUAAUGUCAGGUGUAGACGCAGUUUUAAGCAUAAGAAUCAGUGUGAGUUAGUGUUUAAAAUUAUCUUGUAUUCAACUGCCUUAAUGAAGCUCAUGAAAAGAGAUCCUUUUAUUUCCAGUUUUGACCAGGUUCUGGUGAGACUGCAGUGAACAAAGACUUGAAUAUGAAUGUAACCUCGACAAAAAGAUCUGAUUAUAUCUAAUAGUGUACUUCUACUGCUAAGUUUUUGUUUAUGAUUUGCAAAACUAACUGUUGCAGAACAACGCGGAGGCAGGUUCUGAUUUAUAAAAUCUGUUGUUUAUCCGCAGCAGUGUACAGAUUAUUUUCUCUGUGACGUGUACGUUUGUAUACAUACGAGGGUGAAAAAAAGAGAUGUAGAUAACAAACACUGCUGGUUGAAAUUAUUCAUAUGAGGUGGAAAGGAUGCUGUCUAAAUGUUUAUUUAUUUUUGAUGUCAUAAAAAAUGAAACAAUAAAAAAGAAAAUCAGGAAA